AUGGCCGGGGAUCACGAGGAGCACGAGGGCGCCUCCGCCAAGGAGCUUCUCAUCGAGGCCAUGCGGCGCGACAACACCGACCUGUUCAACGAGGUCAUCGCCGACAUCAAGGACGAGAACGAGCUCGCCCGCAUUCUCAACGAGACCACCACCGUCAUGGGAAAUCACCUCUACCACGAAGCCGCCUCGCGAGGAAACUACGACAUAAUCGACCUCCUCCUCGACCAGCCAAACUUUGAAUGCGACCCCAUCAACCGCCAAGAAGGCGACACCCCACUACACACCGCCAUCCGCUGGAUCAACAACGAACCCCUCGCCAACCGCGAGUUCGGCAACGCCCUCGUCGACAUGAUGCUCGAGGCCGGCUCCAACCCGCGCGUAAAGAACAAGGGCGGCCUCACGCCCCUCCAGCUCGUCGACCCCCGCAAUCCCGCCCUCCGCGACCUCAUCCAGAAGCACGAGUACGCCUCCCUCAACGCCGGCGACUUUAUCAAUGUAGACAGCUCGUCGUCGUCGUCUGGUAAGAAGAACAAGAGCGGAGCGGCUGCACCCCCCAGUGCGCCUCCUGCGAUUCCCAACUCUGCCGCACCGCCUGUGCCGCCUGCGGGCUACGCGCACCAUGACGAUGACGACGAGAGCGAUGACGACGAUGCGGAGUUUAGCGGCAGUGAUGAUGACGAGAGGGCCGAGUGGGAUCGGAGACGCAAGGAGCGUGCCGCGCGCAAGGGUUGA